AUGGCGGAAGAACAAGAGAGAAAGAAGAUGGUUGUGGUUGAAUUGCUGGGACGGCUUACGAAAUCAUCAAUCAUGACCAAGAAACAACGCUCAAUCGAAGGAGUGGGUCCAUCUUCUAUCUUAGAACUCAAGGCCCAGCUCUAUAAAUCCCAGGAAGAAUCCAAAAUAUCGGGAGAACUGAACGGUCCUGAUAUUGAGUUCCACCACGCCAAGAAGAAGAUUACCUCACUUGAUUCCUUCUCCUCCAAGAACUCCGGCGUCGAAUUCCGCGCUCUCAAGGACAAGCUUGAGUUGAGAGCGGUGAAGGAUGGGUUGGCAAGCUAUGCGGCCUCAUACCUGAAGGAGUAUAUCAAGGGAGGAAGGUGA